AGGAGAGAGCCUCUGUUCUCUUUGGAUCUGGUGGGUGGGCGUGCUUGGCUUCUACUUUCUCUGGCCCCUGGCUUCAGAGCCCUGGCAAAACCACUAAGGCCCUACGCCAUUAUGGCCUUGAAACCCGAUGACCCUUGUGGUGGGUUCCAGCAGGCCAAGGUGGUGGCCUUCAUCAAUGAGAAGAUGGCCGAGCACGUGAGAGGCCCUGAGUUCUACCGGGAGAAUAUAUCCCUGUCCUGGGAGGAGGUGGAAGACAAGCUCAAGGCCAUCCUGGAGGACAAAGAGAUGCCCAGCCAGGCCAAGGAGGCCUGUACCUGGGGCGGCCUGGCCCUGGGAAUGCGUUUUGCCCGCAGGCAGGGGCAGUUACAAGGGCGCAGGGUGCAGUGGCUGAACGACUAUGCCAAACUGCACAAGUCGGCAGCGCAGGCCUUGGCCACAGAUCUGAGGGAGCUCAGGGCACAGCAGGAGAUGGAGAGGAAGGAUGCUGCUUUCAGGUUGCAUAUGGUCCAGAACAACCUUACCCAGGCACAGAGAGAAAGAGACCUACUGAGAUGGAAGCUCCUCCACACUCUGAGGUAUACCCAGGAGCGUCAACAGGCCACAGCCAAAGGGGCUGGGACAGAAGGAGUAGCUGAGGAGGAAGAGGAGGCAGCAGCUGCUGCUGGUGUUGCUGAAGGAGGAGUAGAGGAGGAGAUGGAUGCCCAGAUGAUGGCUGGGCCCACAGAGGCUACGCAGGAGAUGGAUGGAGGUUUCCUGCGGCUUCUCAGAGCUAUGGAGAAAAAUUACACCUCUGGGGGGCAGAGGGAGGGAGAUCUCAGGUCAGUGGAAACAGCCAUGUUUUCUUCCUCUGGGAUCCAGGAGCCACAGGCCAGCACCUCACUGGAGCUCCUUCCUAUCCAGCUCCCUGCCUCAUUCACAUACACAUACGCAUGCCCUUUGUCCUCCUUCUCAGCUGGACCCAGUCCAUCCCCACCAACAGAAAGGGCCACACCACCACCACCUCCACCUCAGAUGCCGCCAUCCUGGGGGGGCUAUGAUUCUUGCCUGUGGUCUGAUGUGGGGUACCAGGGAAUAGAACCUCAAGAAAUCCAAAAAGACAGGAGAGACUCCGAACCCCAUCACCAGAGAAGAAAUCCGGUAUUUCACAGGCCGGGAGACUGGGAAUGCCCUUGGUGUAAAGCUGUGAAUUAUUCACAGAGGGAAGUUUGCUUCUUCUGUGGGAGGGGAAUCUGGCUGCAAAGCCUUUAAAUUCAGAAAUGGGAAAUCAUUUCCAGAGGGAGGGGUGAGGUUGGAAGGGGGCUGGGAAGAGUAUGGGGAAGGGGUAGGUGGGAGGAUGGGGUAAGGUGGGGUUUGUAAGAGAGGUAGAGCCCAGGGUGGGGGACUGAGGGUGGACAAGGGAAUGUAUAGAUUUGGGGUGUAGGUAGAGAGACAGACAUGUUUUGCAUGUUUUGAUGAUGCCCUUUGUAUUCCAGAGCAUUAGCAUUCAACAUCCCAGAACUGCUGCUGCUUCUAUUUGUGUGUGUGUGUCUCUCUCUCCCCACCCUAGAAUCUGGUGGACCUAGGCAGCCAUGCAUAUAACACCCCACCUUCUCCCAUACCUAGGCCUUAAAUGAUUGUAGCAAGAGUGAACAUCCGACCCAUCCUGAGGCCAACUGACUUUCACACUAGAGAAUCUGAACAGAGAGGCAGAUUCUAGUCAGGAUGGUGUUGGGCAAUGCAGCAAAGGGUCACAUGGAGCUGGGGUUAGGGUCAGAGCCAUAGCAAUGCCACAGCUAAGAUCUAGCCCUGGCUGUGGGGGAAUAGAACUGAUGCUUUACAGAGACAGGUGUCUUCUAGAAGACAACAGUAUGAGGUUCCAGGGCACAGACAGGCACAGAGGAGUUCAUCCUGUGACUCCAGAGCCAUGGAGAGAUUGGUGGUGCCCAACCACUUUUUUUUUGAGACUGAGUUUCAUUCCCUUGCUCUGAGUAGAAUGCCCCAUCAGCUUAGCUCACAACAACCUCAAACUCCUGGGCUCAAGCAAUUAUCCUGCCUCAGCCUCCCAAGUAGCU